CACACACAUCGAGUCAACCACGGGUAUACACUACACGUGCCCACGUAUCUAGGCAGUCCCGUAUCCAUCAAAACCUCACUACACCUGCUGCCAAUCUCUACGAAAGCUGGCUACGGAAAAAGCCGUCGGUGUCGAGCUCACCGAAGAGGCUUGUGUCGUGCAGGGGUGCCGGCAGGUGUGGUGCCGUAAGAUCAUCCUCUUCUCCGUCCAUCGGCAGAGCAGGGAACGGAGGCGGGUGACUGUGUGACGAGUGGGCGGGUGUGGGGGCCAGGGGCCACUUAUGGGAUGGCACCGGUUGCCCGUCAACUCCUGCAUACACCAAACGCACCCGAACAGAGGCACACAUCGACAGCGCGCCCGAACACAGGCAUAAGUGUCUGCCAAUCACCUGCGUGUGUCGUGUGAGAUUUCGCUCGUGCGUAGGCCUCGUCAAUGUCCUUGAACGUGUCACCUCUGGCCUCCACCAUGAAGCACACCCUCCCCGACGGACUCGUGCCCACACCGAAGCCCUCUCCCUUCUGGAUGCUUAUCGCAUAGGCCUGGAGCUCAGCCAGAGGCCGCGACCCACCUGAGCACCAACACACAAGAUACACUUCCGCCACCAUCACCGCACGGCUUACCGGCGCUUAGCGUGUUGCUAUCGGAGUAUACGAUCGGAGGAGGGGUCGUCUCCGUCAUCUGACAGUGGAGGAAGGAGAGCAGCGUGAUGCACUCAUUGAUGUGAUAGUGAGGAGGUGGACCCACCUGCAAACUCAAACUCACACCCGGCCCACCAAUUCCGAGCCUGCAUCAACCAGACCACAACAGAGGGGUCCUUCCCUGCACUUGCUGCCACCUUACUGGUUGCUGGUAGGGCUCGACUCGCUUGGCGGUGCCGUUGGCAUAAAGGCCUGAGAGGAGAGGACAACAGGUAAAAGAUCUGCUGCUCUGGUCGCUAUCCUUACCUGUUGCUCAACUGACGGGCAUUGAUACAGGUAUGUGCUAGCGAAGGUCAUCUGCAUCCAUGAAGAAGUGAAGAGAGCGACCAUGGAGGAGAGAAGCGACAUGUGCUCGCCGCUGUCUGCUCACCUGCUCUUUUCGUUGAAACUUGUUCAUCAGGUCAGCCGGCAUCUUCACCUGCAGGUCAAGCACAACACAAAUAAAUGAGUCGGCGAAGAUGCACUCACUCUCUUCUGCCACCCUCCCACCCACCCACCUCUUUUCUCUUGCGCGUCUCCAGUUUCCUCUGCUUUGUCGCGUCAGAGAGAGCAUCCCAGUGGUAUUUCUCCAUGUGGUGGUCGUGCCCCUUGCGCAUGCACAUCCGCCCACAGAUGCCCCCCGUGUCCACGUCGGUCUCGCCACACCAGACGAUGUUCUGGUCGCAGUUGGUGGAGCUGAUGGGGGAGUACUUGAUGCUGUACUGCAAACGGUCCAGCCCUCCGCAGAAGACACGCAGCAGACACGUGUCUUCUGCGGAAACGUGGUCCGUGACGGUCCCCAGAAACGCGUGAGGCGCUCGGUAGGCGAAGUUGGUGUACUUGUACAUGCGGUCUCUGCCGCCACGAUCCGCUGGUGCAUCCGUCUGGGCACUUGGUGUGGGUGCGCAGGUGAUGAUCACGUGUGGCCCGAGGAGGCGCCCGACAAGGCCAGGAUUGAGCUGCAACUCGACGGUGUCCACGUCCUGAAGCACUCGCUCCUUUGAGCGCGGGUCGUACAGCUGACGGCGACGUCCACCGGCCGACACAAUGACGAUCUUGCCGCCGCCUUUGAGGUUCUUGAAGUUGGCCUGGACGACCGCGAAGACGUAUGGCGCUGCACGCACACAAACACACAUGGGCAUUAGCGUGAUAUUGGGCUGAUGAGGGAGCUGCGUGCACCUGUGAUUAAUCACCUGCUGGCACGAGGAGUGAAUCUCCUUGACCAGUGAAAGACGACAUCUCUGCAGGUACGCCCUGUCCUGCAUGAACAAACAAACCUCGUAAAGGCACUUGUGUGGAUCAGGGUGAGGCCUCUGGUCUCACCUUACACGCUGAAGGAGCUGUCCGUGAGACCAAACAACAGCGUGCGCAAUGAGGCGAACAGGCAACAAAAUGCCUGAGUAUGCCUGCUGCUGCCGUGAAGCAGCCUGCAGGUAUUCUGAAAGCGCCAUUAACCAAUGCUGGGGUCCGAAAAAGAGGAGGACC